GGCCCUCAGCUCUUGAAUUCGUCGAGAUCCAGCUGAACCCACACAAUGGGCUCUGAUAAAGCAGAGAAGAAGCGCAAGCGCGCUUCUGAUCGUCAUGACCGACCUAGCAAAAAGCCCGCGCUCGAUCUGCAAGACCUCCCUCCACUCGCCGCUAGUAUGAUCAAAGACGACAGCGAGCUGGCUCCUGUGCUUCUAACCACCCCCGGAGUCACCUCGCAACCAAAUGUCCGCUUGAACCCGUACCUGAAGACUCGCAGCCAUGUCGCCAGAAACUCGACCGGAAAUGAGGGCAUUGCCUCGACAGAGCUGCUACUACAGUCGUCGGAGCAUCCGAAGUUGGAUUUUGUCGGAAGAGAAGCUACCGAUGAUGCGGAUUCCCAGCUGAAGCACUAUGUUGCCGUCGUGGAUCCGACGAGUAAGACAUGGCAGUUUAUUGAAGUGCGCAAGGUGACGCUUCGUGGGGCAGUGAGGAGGGCAGCUCCUUCAGCUGAUGAGGAGGAUCAGGAGCAGGGAGAGAGUGAGGAUGAGGAAAUGAAAACCAUGCGCGCCCAAAGAACAGAACUCACAUAUACCUUCGGCACCAAGAAAUCCCGCAAAGCCACACAAUCCAUGGCCGAAAAUGCCCAACUCUCCAAUGCCCCCGAAGGCGCCGCUACCGCCGCCGAAUCCGCCCUGCUGCAAUCGAUGCCCGAGGAAUCCGCCACAGACCUGGCCUCCAAGACCGCCGCCAUGCAAGCCCAAGUGCAAGCCGCCAAGCCCGUUCCAACCGCCAACCUCGACGCCAACCACCCCUCAGAGGUCUAUGCGAUCGAAACCCUCGUCCCCAACGGCAAAGCCACGCUCCGCCAACUCCCCAUCAAGGACUGGCAGGAGACGAUCUCCGCCGGUGGCGCAGUGGCCACUACCUCCCGCUACGUCUCGAACCGCAUCGACGCCGUCGUCGAAUCCGGAAACACAACCCACCUGCAGAUCCUCCGGUUUAUCCUGGUUCUUCUGGAAUUCGCUCGUUGCCUCCGGUCUGGCAAGGCUUCUGCCGCCUCCGGACGCGGCAGCAAGAAACUGCCCGCGCGCGACGAUCUCCGCCGCAUCUUAUCCAGCGCUACAAAGCAAGACUCUACUAGCGCCGAAGGAAACAACAACAGCAGCAACACAAUCCCUGACCCCGUCAUCGACGCCAUCCGCCGCAAAUUCGCCCCGCAGGGCUCCUACCUCUCCAAAAACGACAUCACCCUCCUGCACACCACCAUCUGCGCCCUCUCGCUGCACCUCCCGCCGCAGCCCACCCAGGAUGGCGUCCCUACCGCGCACGGCGGCAACACACCGAACGAGUUGGCCACGGACCCGGCGGAUCUGCGAGACGACCUGCAAUUGGAGAACAUUACCAUCCUGCAGUAUUUCAGGGAGCUAGGAUGUCGCGUUGACAAGCCCCGGGAGACGGAGUUUGCCAAGUGGGGAGUGAGAGGCAAGGCCGAGGCGGCAACGAGAAGGGUAGCAAGGUUAAAGAUUCCCGUUGUCUUUCCGAAGGUUUCGAGGGGAGGUGGAGCAAGAAGGUAGUAUCGUUUCUUCUUCUUCUUCUUCUUCUUCUUCUUCUUCUUUCAAGUGCCGUGGUAGUUAGGUAGUAGUAGUAGUAGUAGCAGUAGCAGCAGCAGCAGUAGUAGUGAUGAAAAAAAGAGAACUUGGUCUGUUCUUGCUGGCGUUGUAUGUGUGGGUUGGUCUUCGUUUCGUUCCUGUGAAUAUAGAAUGAACUUUGUGUAAAAAAAAAAAAAAAAGAGGAAAAAAGGAUCAAUCUCUUACUACCUUACCAGAUGUAUC